UUGUCACAUAAUACAGACACUUUUAUAUGGCAUUAUUUGUCUAUUUCGUGCCCAUACGAUUUUACCAAAGAUAUUGAUGUAUAUUAAAGAAUUUAUUAGAAAAUGAUGGACGCUAGAGAAUCUACACAAAAUCAAAUUGUGUUUUUGGAUCGAGGUGAUUAUACUACAUGUACCAUCUUCCUUCAUGGAUGCACCAUAUUGUCUUGGAGAAUCCACAACGAAGAACAAAUUUUUCUCAGCAGAGUUUCUCCGCUCUCCCAAUAUCAUUACAUUCGUGGAGGGAUCCGUUUUAUUUGGCCUCAUUACUCUACAUGGAGUUUUGGAAGAUUUAACGGCUUUGCCAGAGAUAUAUUGUGGACUGUAAUUAGGGGGCCCGAGUCUUUACCAAAUGGAGAUGUCUUUGUGGAUGUGAGCUCAUCUUCAGAAUAUUAUACAAAAUCCAUGUGGUGUUUUGACUUCGAAUUAAUUUACAGAAUCACGCUCCACUUUAACCAAUUAACAUUGAGUGUAACAAUAAAAAAUACGAGCAAAUAUUUCAAUUAUGAUUUCAACGCGGUACUUCAAGCAAACAUAAAAAUUAAUGACAUCAAAGAUGUGAAAAUUGUGGGACUUGAAAAUUGUUCCUAUGUCGAUAUCGAGGUACCAAGAGACAGCAGUUUGCUUAAAGUUACAUCUGACGAAACCUUAAUAGAUAAACACAUCAAUAGGGCAUACCAAGAUACUCCCGAUGUAAUUGAUGUAUACACUGCCAGUAACAAGUUGUUAAAGAUAACCAAACAUAACCUACCAGAUGUCAAUGUGUGGAAUCCUGGACAAGAAAUUGUGAGGAAAAUACAUGAUAUUGAUGAGGAUGAAUACAAGUACUUUGUGGCUAUAGAAAGCGGUUUAGCGUACAAAAAACUCCCAGUGAAGACAUUCUCUGAUUAUAAAUUAUCAAUCAAUUUUGAAGUGGUGAAGUUGGAUGUAGAAAAAGUACAGUACAGAAAUUUCUACGAUUAUUUUGAAGGAUACUGCUAAAUCAAAAAAUAUUUUCUUUGAAACAUUAAAUAAAUUUUUUAUUGAGGCA